UGAGGAGAUUAUCCUCCUUUACGGCGACUCAGUGUUAACGUUGAUCCAGACGGACCAGGAGGUGGUUUGUGACACAAAAUGGGAAACGCAGACACCAAACUUCACUUCAGGAAAGCGGUGAUUCAACUCACAACCAAAACACAGCCCGUAGAGGCCACAGACGAUGCGUUCUGGGAUCAGUUCUGGGCCAACUCCUCCACCACCGUGCAGGACGUCUUCGCUCUGGUGCCGGCGGCCGAGAUCCGAGCUGUCAGAGAGGAAUCUCCGUCCAACCUGGCAACCCUCUGCUACAAGGCGGUGGAGAGGUUGGUCCAGGGCGCCGACUCCGGCUGCCCCUCAGAGAAAGAGCGUCAGAUCAUCCUCAACUCAUGCACCGCCCUGCUCACCCGCAUCCUCCCUACACUCCUCCUCGAGACGCCCGACUGGGCGGGCUUCUUCUGGUCGCACCGUCCCCCGAGCCGGCCAGACCGCGGGCCGGGGGGGCUGGGCCGUUUGGACGAAGACGACGGCGACGGCGAAGAGCGCCCGCUGGCUGAAUCGCUGCUGCUGGCCAUCGCUGACCUGCUCUUCUGUCCACAUUUCACUGCUCAGAGCCACAAGAAGAACAGCUCGGAUACAGCCGAGGACAUUCGCUCCAUCGACAGCUGUGAGUACAUCUGGGAGGCCGGGGUGGGCUUCGCUCAGUCACCUCCUCUAAACUAUAUCCACGACCUCAACAGGACGGAGCUGCUGAAGUUGCUCCUCACCUGUUUCUCUGAAGCCAUGUACCUUCCUCCGUCCUCUGAAAGAAAAAACCUCAACCCCUGGGUCUCCUUCUUCUGCUCUACAGAAAACAGACACGCCCUGCCCCUGUUCACCUCCCUGCUCAACGUGGUGUGCGCCUACGACCCCGUCGGGUACGGCGUCCCCUACAACCACCUGUUGUUCUCGGACCACCGGGAGCAGUUGGUGGAGCAGGCGGUCCAGAUCCUUACCGUCACCCUGGAACACGAGGCGGGGUCCGCCGCCAGAGCCGCCCUCCAGGCCCUGGACGACUCCGCAUCCCCCUCAACUGAGGAGGAACCAGAACCAGCCGGACCUGAUAACCUCUUUGUGAAUUAUCUCUCCAGGAUUCACAGAGAAGAGGACUUGAGCUUCAUCCUGAAAGGUCUGGCUCGCCUGCUCAACAACCCUCUGAUCCAGACUUACCUGCCUCGAUCCACCAAGAAGAUCCAGUUCCAACAGGAGCUGCUGAUCCUCUUCUGGAAGUUCUGUGACUUCAACAAGAAAUUCUUGUUCUUUGUGCUGAAGAGCAGUGAUGUGUUGGACAUGCUGAUUCCCAUCCUCUUCAACCUGAACGACGCCAGAGCAGAUCAGUCUCGUGUUGGCCUCAUGCACAUCGGCGUGUUCAUCCUCCUGCUGUUAAGCGGAGAAAGAAACUUUGGUGUUCGCCUGAACAAGCCGUACACUCUCCGUGUCCCGAUGGACAUUCCUGUUUUCACGGGAACUCACGCUGACCUGCUCGUUGUGAUCUUCCACAAGAUCAUCACCAGUGGACACCAGCGCCUCCAGCCUCUGUUCGACUGCCUGCUCACAAUCAUAGUGAACAUUUCACCCUAUCUGAAGAGCCUGUCCAUGGUGGCAGCCAACAAGCUGCUCCACCUCCUGGAGGCCUUCUCCACACCCUGGUUCCUCUUCUCCUUGCCCCAGAACCACCACCUGGUCUUCUUCUUGCUGGAGGUUUUCAACAACAUCAUCCAGUAUCAGUUUGAUGGUAACUGCAACCUCGUGUACGCCAUCAUCCGAAAGCGGAACGUUUUCCACCAGUUGGCCAACCUGCCGUCUGACACGGCGUCUAUUCAGAAGGCGCUGCAGAAGAAGAAAAAGUCUGGGAUUUCCAGAACCAGCUCUGUAGAGACGGUGUCCAUGGAGGGAUCCAGACCUGCUGUACCUGCUGAGCCCGGCACACUCAAAGCCAGCUUGGAGGCCACUCCAGGAAUUGAUAAGAUAACAGAAAAGUCCCGGGUGAGUGAAGAUGGUACGUUGGUCGCUGUGCCGCAUUUAGACCCUCCACAGAUGGCCGCUGACAGCAGUCCUGGAGCUGGAGCCAGCGACACGGAGUCCAACUCAGAGAGAGACCACGAGGUCUACCAUGCAGAGUCCGAAGCAACGAGAAGUCGGUUGUCGAGUGUGUCGUCGUCGGCAGCCUGGAGUGCCAACGCAGACUGGGUGUUGUCAUGGAAGGCGAAGCUCCCUCUACAGACCAUCAUGCGGCUGUUACAAGUACUCGUCCCUCAGGUGGAGAAGAUUUGCAUCGACAAGGGUUUAACAGACGAGUCAGAAAUCCUAAAGUUCCUCCAGCACGGCACGCUCGUCGGCCUCCUGCCCGUCCCUCAUCCCAUCCUCAUCAGGAAGUACCAGGCGAACGCCGGCACCGCUAUGUGGUUCCGCACAUACAUGUGGGGAGUCAUCUACUUACGAAACUUGGAUCCUCCAAUCUGGUACGACACAGACAUACGGCUCUUUGAGAUCCAGAGGAUUUAGAGCAGCUGUUGAAGAUUCACCUUCCUCACUCCUGAACUGGGAUCAGAGGAACAUUUUACAUCUUUUUGGAGUCUAUUUGAAGACAACAACCUUCUUUCUUCAUCUUUGCCAACUUCCAGGGUUCAGACUAAAGUGAAAGAGCUGUAUUGUGCAGGAGAGCAAAUGCCAAAUGGUCAUUAAAUCUGACAGUAGAUUCA